AUGUCUCGGGCGGCAGAAAGGCUCAGAUUGCUGAUCAAUCAUCUCGAUCGAUCACCAGAUGUGAUUGUAUCCUUUGUUUUUGUCUAGUUUCUCUCAUCGGGGCUCCAUACAGCGGCUCACUGGCUGAUCCGCUAACCGACGGCUGCACUCUCCGCGGCGGACGGCUCUCGUGGGGUAGGCCGGGGUCCAGCGGUUAAUAACAGGCCUUAAAGAAAGUGGGGAGAAAUGCGGUUACUGUCUCGUAUUUUGUUCUACAAAUAUCUAAUUUGAGAUAAUAACUUACCUGAAUUCAUAGGUGUAACAUUAGUAUGACCGUUAUUUUGAAGCAACGUCACCGUCGCCAUUGUUUACGUGUCGUAGACUAUCUGGUAUGUAGGUAAGUCAACGUUGAGGGUUCAAGCACAGUGAGGUAGUGAGGAAGGAGUGUGGUAGAAACUUAAAAAAAUACAUGUAUGACUGCAGAAAUGUCAUAAAAUAUGUAAGCAUGCAAGUUUUUGAGUAGGUUAAGUCAGGUAGAGUGAACUAGCCUGCAUAUAAACCCUAAAACACUGCCGGUAAAGUUAGUAACACCAUUACUAUCGCCAGGUGAUGUUUACCCAAGAAAAAGUCCUUUUCAUCAAAAUAGGACAAUUCAUGACAAAUUAAAGUAGUUUUAUUUUUAACUGUGCAAAGUCCAAAGGGAGGGAAAAAGUGCCAGGAGGGGACCAUAUAAAAAUGCAACAAAAUAACUGAAACUAGACAUUCAUGAACAAAAAGUUCCUGAAGAUAUUAAUAUAUAAACUGUAAACUUAGUUUCUUUUCCACCCAUUCCUGGGGCAUGUGAGUCUUCCCUGGUGAAGACUCAGGGUCCUUGGCACAAUAACAGCUGCAGGAGAGAGAACCAAAAUAUGGCAGAUUUUGAGUGAGUCAAAAUGACCAGCUGACUAAAAUAUUUCUUAUCACCAUAUGAAUUCCCUAGAAAUACCUACUUUGUGAUAGUUAUUCCAGGACCACUCUUACUGACCUUAUUCCCUACAUGCAGCUAUCAAAUCCAUCCAAACUUGCUUUACCCUCUAUUGCUACUGCCGGGUGAAAAUCACCUGAACAUGUGCCUGUAGGAAAAAGCAGGUUUUGGAUCAGGGAAAUAAAUAUGCCUUCAAAGAUGUCAAAGGCGAUGCUGAAGCUACUCAGGGACCCAUGAUACUCAGACAAACGCAACAUAAUGAAAAUCACGUAAACAUGUUUGGUCGGGUGAAAAUCACCCGGCGAUAGUUAUUAUUAGUGUUGUCUUGUUUCCUUGACUGUUUCCUUCAGAAAGCUGCACAAACCUCCGCUCAAACUGUCACCUACAGUCACUCUCCAAAGCUGAGGUAAGAGCACACCUUUGUUUCAGUUGACUAUUCCAACCAUGACAGCACUUGGCAGAGUUCACAGUCGCCCCAGGCUGUUUUUUUUUUUUUUGACAUUUACACAGUCCAUAUCAAUUAUUCACCUUUAGCACAGUUUCACCGGGGCCACCUUUGAUUGUGUCUGCAAUGGCCCACUUUUCUGCUGAGUACAUAUGUACCAAUGCAAGAGCAGCUGAUGCAUUUAGUUUCACUGGUGCAGAAGACAAGUCCUGUCCAAAAGCUUAUUUAAUCGCACUUCAUGACUCACGCUAUCUGCUGUGCUGUUUUUAAGACCAAAGUUCAAAGAUAACGAGAACAUGUCCAGUUUGCUAUCACCAUAUUGAGGUCAUAAGUCCUUUUUUCUUGAAUGUACUGUAAACCCAGUUCACCAUUCACAUGCACACUGACUAUGAAUAAUUUCCAUUGCAGAUUGAACAUUUGAUUUUGUUGUCUCUUCUUUUGGUAGAUACACUGUUGAUACCGCUGACCUGCUGACCCCAGAGCAGCGUCUCUCCUAUGAAAAAAAUGGCUUUCUCCUCAUCAAGAAUCUGGUGUCUGAAGAGGACAUCAAGAGAUUCAAGUGAGUAUCAGGAACUCUGACCACUGCAGAAGAGAAAGAAAUUGGACUCAGUGUAGAAAAUAUGAUAUAAAAUAAUCAAGAUGUUGUUGAGAACUAAAAUAUCAGCACCAUUCUUUACUGUUUCUUGUCCACAGGCAGGAGUUUGAAAGAAUUUCUCGACAGGAGGUGAAGGUUCCAGGUCUGAUUGUAAUGAAGGACGUAGCAAUUGUCAAAUCAGAGUUUGUUCCCGAUCAGAGAGCAGUCUCCAAACUCCAGGACUUUCAGGAAGAUCCUGAACUGUUUCGGUACUGCGCUCUACCAGAGGUACGCCACAUACUGACAACCUUUUGGCUUAAUAUCCUAAUUUAUAAGUUCUUUCAAUUAAUAACAGGUGUUUUGUGAGUAUGACCCUCAUGGCGUUGGCGCCCUCUAGUAAAACUAUCAAAAACAACAGUUUGAAACUGGGGACAUGGAUCUGACCACUGAACUAACUCAUGCAAACAACUUGAUACAAAAUCAGCAACAGAGUUUUGAGUGACAUAAGUAUAAAAAGCUGUUCAGUCCAAGCUUGUACCUUUCUGUUACAGAUUCUGAAGUAUGUGGAGUGUUUUACUGGGCCCAACAUCAUGGCCAUGCACACGAUGCUGAUCAACAAGCCCCCGGAUGCAGGUAUGGUACUAUUUAGCCACAACAAUAAACUGGCAAUUUCAUUACAAGAGAGAGAGUCAAGGCUCCUUGAAUUUGGGUCCAUUUCCUACCUUCAAAGGAAAGGAGGGGGGAACUUAAUACACAGUUUCGAGUUGUUCAGCUGAGCUACAGAUGGCAGGCAAAGCGCAAAUAAACAGAGAAAGGAAGACAGUGGAGAGGAUACUGAGCUCGCAAAUCCGGGUGUAAACAACCAUAGAAUUAAAAUGCUGAAGAAAAUCAGCUUUCAAGUAGUUUAUGCAAAAGAAAAUGCAGUCAUAACACAUUUUAGGGCUUAAGGAUAAACAAUACAUAUUGUUAAUGUAAAUGGAAACAUAGCUUUGCGAACCUGCCCCGUUUCAGAUGAGGAAGACAACGAUGUUCCUCUAAAAGCUGUGGUCAGGUAUUUUGGGACACUUGUUAAGACUCCUGUCAUUUCAGGUAAAAAGACCUCUCGUCACCCGAUGCAUCAGGACCUGCAUUACUUCCCCUUCCGCCCAGCUGACAGGAUCGUCUGCUCCUGGACAGCAAUGGAGAAAGUGAACAGGCAGAACGGCUGCCUGGUUGUCCUGCCGGGAUCACACACUGGUACCCUGCAGGAGCACGACUACCCCGAGUGGGAGGUAUGAAUACCACUUGAAUGAUUGCUCCUCUUGCUGGCAGGUUCACUUUUACAGUAAACAAACUUUCUCAUGUGUCCUCAGGGUGGUGUGAACAAGAUGUACCAUGGAGUGCGUGGAUAUGACCCGGAGCACCCAAGAGUGCACCUGGAGAUGGAGAAGGGUGACACCGUCUUCUUCCAUCCUCUGCUGAUCCACGGCUCUGGCAUGAACCAGACAAACGGCUUUCGCAAGGUACUACACUACCCAUAAGACAGCUGGUGCUACAGCUCACACAAACUGGUCUCAUACUAUAUUAAAGUCCACUGUUUGACAUCAUGAAGGCAUUUGUUGGGGAAAAAGUGACAUUUACAGCACAUAAGUUUAUAAAUUAGAAAAAUAGUCUGUAAAAUUGUGUGUGUUCUCUCCAGGCCAUCUCCUGCCACUAUGCCAGUGCUGACUGCUACUACAUCAGUGUAAGGGGAACAACUCAGGAAAACAUCGAGAAAGAAGUGAAGGAGAUAGCAAGCAGGAAGUAUAACAUGGAGCAAAUUUCCUUCGAGGUAAGACUUUUACAUUAAUAAUUUUUUGGAAAUAUUACAAAAUAUUAUACAACAAAGAUACAUACAUAAAAACUUGACUUAAACAGGGCAUUUAAGUCCAAAGACUAAAGGUCCUUUCACACCGGGACCGUUUUUAUGGUGCGAUUAUUUCGGACGUCAGUAUUUUUUUUCGAACCCGUAUCCUGUCAAUACAAGCGUUGACAUCAGCAAUGUUUUCCCAUCCUGCAAUAUUGCGGCAUUUAUUUUUUCAGAUCAUGGUCGAUUUUUCUAAAGUUUUGCAUACUGUGUGUCCACUUCUGACCAAUCAGAUUGCGUGUUGUUGCGACGUCAUAUUCACCGGUACAUCCAACGUGGCCGACCGGCUGAUUGUUUACGUGUCGGAGAACAGAGUGCUUUUUGAUAAAAGAUACAAAUAUUACAAAGAUAACGACCUGAAGGACAACUUGUGGAGAGUCAUAGCGUCGGAUCUUUCAUAUGACGAUAGUUUGUGUGCUUUAACAGUUUGCUAAACGUCUUUGUUUUAACUUUAAUCUGUGCUAACGUAAGCUAACGGUUGUUACCAUCGUUUCAUGUGCUUAUCUUAUCGCCUCUGAUUGGCUAUGAGAGCUGACUGUUUGGCUUGAGCGUGUGAUGAAGUGUCCAGCUUUUCUAGCCAAUCAGAGGCGAAGGAGGCGGGACUUACCCCAGGAAAAGUCUUCCCCCUGGAUGCGUCUUUUCCCCGCCAGAAAGUCGCAAAAUCACAUCGGGCUUGAUGUGUAUAGUCAGGCGCGUCAAAAUUCACCUCAGAAUAUUUUCGGAAUUUCGCGUUCUAUAUUCUAGGGGUGUGAAUCUCAGCACUGAGGACGAUUCGAUACGCAUCUCGAUGCACUGCCAGCGAUACGAUACUUUAACGAUACAUGGAAUUUUCUGGCGAUACGAUGCGAUACGAUUCACCCUCUUCACGAUGCGAUACGAUACGAUAAUCAUUUAGUUCAAAUCAAUGCGAUCCGAUACGAUAUGAUGCAAUUUGUUGCGAUAUGAUGCAAUUCAACAUGAUGCAAAUAAGCAAAGAAAAAAAAGAAAUAAAAAUAAAAGAUGGAAUUCAGUAUGGUACUACAAAAAUGAUUUGGCUUUAUUCCUUAAAGGCACUUGGCAGUAAAUUCAACAAAAGUGCUUUUUGUCUUUUUUCUAUGCUCCUUUGGGUUCCAUUUUGUACAGUUACACAGAUUAGACAGACCUCCUGCAACUGUUAAGGAAUCUGAAUUCUGAAUUCCAACCCCAACCCUACAUUACACAAGUGCUCUAUACUUGUUGGGUAAUAUUACAGUACACAUUAUUAAACAACUAAUGCACUGCCUAACAUGGUGCAAAUAAACCAUUCAAUGGCCAUACUACUGUCUGCCAAACCAAUGUGCUAGAGUUGACUUUCUAACUGGCCACAAAAUCAGUGAUUUGAGUGAGUUCUGCAAUAAUAAGAGUAAAACAAUUACACAAUAAUUACUGCUGUAAAAAGUACAGUAAACAGCAACAACAAAACACUCUCAGUGAGUAACCUAAAGUGACACUUUCAACAGUGCAAUCAAUGUUAAGGGAGGGGAGGUGGCGUUAGACUUGUCGGUGAUGUGGUGUACUCUUUUUAAGUGGGUCUGCAUGUUUGUCGUGCUGCCGUUGUACGGCUUCUUAACGCGGCAUUCUUUGCAAAUGACGGACGUUUUGUCGAGCUUUCCGUCUUUCUUUGCAAAUCCGUAGUGUUUCCAAACAUAUGAUUUAAACGUAGCGGGUGCAUUACAUAUAAACUCUUCCUCGCUGCUGCUCACUUGAAUGUGGUCCGUGCUGUUUUACUAGUAGUGCAUUGUAUGUCCCUCACGGCUUCCGUCCGUAUUCAAUACAAAACGCGAAAUAAUGAUGGUGCAUUCAAUGCGCCUGGGGAACAGCAGAUGGGGUGAGGUUUAACAUGAAUAAAACGGCGCUUGCAUCAGAUUUUACCGAUACCCACCAACGCAUCUAGAUGAAUCUAGAUUUAACCCGUCAAUUGCAUCGAUACCCAGUGAAUGAGCCGACGCAGCCGCAUCGCGCACAUGCGCAUCGAUGCAUCGAUUAAUUUAGAUUAUUUUCCACACCCUUACUAUAUUCGCGUCGGCCCCAGUGUGUAAGGACCUUUAGACCAAUUUGAAAACAGCUGCCAUUUACACUUCAAAAUGUUGUGUAGUUUGAAAUGAUGGAGACACACAGUUGUUAAAAAAUGAAAGAAUUGUGAGAAUAUUUAUCAUGACCUUCUCUUUUUAGCUUUAAAUCCUUAACUACUUGAAUGUAUCACAGAAAAAAAUCAAUGCCAGUUUCUUGAAAAGUUUAACCUCUGCUGUUGUUGGACCCUUCAAGUACAUACUCUAAAGCUUAAAGCAAUGAGAGAGCCGGGAAAAGCACUCAGCGCUUAAAGAAUCGAGUAAAAGCCAGACACCAACUAUGUAUUAUGUGGCAGCAGGUGACUUGUUUGUCCUCCACCGAGCCAGAGUGUGCAUUUGUGUAGUUGUAUUUGUGUAAUACAAUUGCAGUGAGCCGCAUGAUAACAACAGGAUAAAGUGCAAUCAAUAACAGCAACAGUAAAGAGCACUUGGAGGAGGAUUUUCCCUUAAUAGACUGCUAAGUACACCAUUUACACGCACAAACAUCUGAGUGGCUUUACAAUCACUGUUAGCAGAGGAUCUAUUUAUACAAUGGUCAAAUCACAGCUGCAUGUCAGGUCUGUAGUUAGGUAGCGAGAACAACAUGACAAAUUGACGUCUUGUUCAUGUUUUCUAGCUGUAAGAAGAAUAAAAUCCAUCAUUAUUCGUUUGUGUCAAGAGCCGCAGUCGGUCUGCGGUCAGCCUCUGCAAAGCAAAGCUGUAGCAGAGAGAUAGACCCAUGAAGGGGUGUUAGUUGUUAUGCAUAUCACAGAAAUUGAUCUCACCGAGUGUGAUAAUAGUGUGCUGCAUAUUUAGAACUGAAUUAAAUGUAGUUUGGCUUACUAGCUGUAAACAGUAAUAACACUUUGAAAGGAAGUUUUGGGAGAAGAUGCUCCGCUGUUGUGGUAAGGGUUUAAAAUUAGCAGGAGAGAAAGCAACACGUGUAGUUCUUACCAUUUACAACUCAUCAUUUAACCGUCUUAUCAGCACAAGGACGCUGGACUAAAUUCAGAAAUCUCUCUGAAUCUUUGUCUUUGUAUGAUUCUGUUUCUUCCUGCAGGAUACCUGGGCUUUCAGAGGCCGCUUGGUGCAAGGAGAGAGGACUUCACUUUGA